GGUCUGGCCACGUUAGGCCCGGCGGUUCCGGCUGCGGCGCAGGGGGUGCAGGAGGAGGUGGGGCUGGAGCUGCAGCCGGAUCCGGAUGCGGCGCUGUGACCGGCCGGGAGACUGACGCGCCGGUAGGGGAGCGUGGACUGUGCGGGUGCGGUGGCGCGGCUUUACUGGGAAAAUGAAACCUGAUGACACUCCUAUGUUUGACCCAAGCCUGCUCAGAGAUGUUGACUGGAGCGAAAAUACAGUCACGUUUUCUCCGGCCAUCUCCCCAACGCAUCCUGGAGAAGGCUUGGUUUUGCGGCCUCUUUGUACUGCCGACUUGAAUAAAGGCUUUUUUAAGGUACUGGGUCAGUUGACGGAGACUGGCGUCGUCAGCCCUGAGCAGUUCAUGAAGUCUUUUGAGCAUAUGAAGAAGUCCGGGGAUUACUAUGUCACAGUGGUGGAAGAUGUGACCCUAGGGCAAAUUGUUGCCACAGCGACUCUGAUAAUAGAACAUAAAUUUAUCCACUCAUGUGCUAAGAGAGGAAGAGUGGAAGAUGUUGUCGUCAGUGACGAGUGCAGAGGGAAGCAGCUUGGCAAACUGUUAUUAUCAACUCUUACUUUGCUAAGCAAGAAACUGAACUGUUACAAGAUCACACUUGAAUGUCUACCACAAAAUGUUGAUUUCUACAAAAAGUUUGGCUAUACAGUAUCUGAAGAAAAGUACAUGUGUCGGAGACACCUAAACUAAAAACCACCAUCAAGAGGUUAAUGCUACAAGGCUUUACUGUUCCAGAGUUUAUUUUUGUUGCUGCAACCAAGUGAGCUCCGUAACUAUUAGACCGAAAAACCGCUGUAGCAUGUAAGAGUAGUGACGGGAGAGGACGCCUGUGGCUACUGAACAUGCUUGUAGAGUACAAAUGAUCAUACAGAGGGAUGAUUUUUAACCAAAGGAAUAUAUUUUUGACUUGAAUCUUUUCUUGCAUUGUAUUUUUCUAAAGUUUGUUUUGAUUUCUUGGUAGUCAGGAAUCUGGGUAGUAAGAGUUAGGUCUGCUCUGUGCUGCUCAUUCUUAAAUACAUGUAUAUACUGAAUAAGGCUGUUUAUCACACUAAAAUUAUUUUUGUCUCAUACAUCAGAAUAGACAAAGUGGACUAUUUCUCACAAUACAGGGAGUUGGACACUUCUAUUAUUAUAAUCAGAUACAUAUUUGCACAUUGUUGAUCUUAAUACUACACACAACGCUGGGCGUGGUGGCGCAGGCCUUUAAUCCCAGUGCUCGGGAGGCAGAGGCAGGUGGAUCUCUGUGAGUUCCAGG